CCGCGGUGGGUGGGGGCAGCGAGCGCGCGCGCCUCUACGACAUGCAGGGAGCGGCGAGCGCGGGGGCCCGCGGGCAGGGGUCCCCGCCCCGCCGAGGCGCUCCCCGCACAAAGCCCGGGUCGGGCCGAGGCCGGACUGCGGGGACCCCGGCCGCCUUCGCUCGCCCUGCUCGGGGAAGGCUGCGCGCGAGGAACGGCCUGUCCUGCAGGGGCCCGCGAGCAGCGGUGACCAUGAGGCCGGAGAACCGAGUUCUGCCUUCUAGGGCCACUGCCCUUCUCCGGGAGAGGAGGCACAAGCAGGAGGCAUCAGGGGCGAGAACGGAACUGAAAGCCAUGUCUCAGAGCUUGGUGACAUUUGGGGAUGUGGCCGUCAGUUUCUCCCAAGAGGAGUGGGAGUGGCUGAACUCUGCUCAGAGGAAUCUGUACAGGAGUGUGAUGUUGGAGAACUACAGGAACCUGGUUUCACUAGGACUUUGCAUUUCCAAGCCCGACAUGAUCUCCUCAUUGGAACAGAGGAAGGAGCCCUGGAUGGUGAAGAGAAAGUUGACAAGAGGCCGGUGCCCAGAUUUGAAGGCUGUGCUGGAGACCAAGGAGUUACCUGCAAAGAAGGACAUCUCUAAAGAAAAGUUAUCCCAGGCAGUGAUAGUGGAGAGACUCACAAAUUACAGCCUGGAAUGCUCCAUAUUGGAGGAACAUUGGGAUUAUGGUGCUCUGUUUGAGAGGCAGCCGGGCUUAGUGACUAUCACGAAUAUGGCCGUAGACUUCUCCCAGCAGCUGGACCCUGCUCAGAAGAGUUUCUGUAAGAAUGUGAUAUGGGAGAACCGUAGUGACCUGGGGUCAGUAGGACCCUGUGUCUCUAAGCCAGAUUUGGUCUCUCUGCUGGAGCACGGGAAAGAGCCCUGGAUGGUGGAAAGAGAACUGACAAGGAGCCUGUUCUCAGGCCAACAGUCUAUACAUGAGACCCAGGAAUUAUUUCCAAAGCAAGAUACAUUUGCUGAAGUAACAGAUAGAACUUCAAACACUAAUUUGGAGUGUUCCACUUUCAGAGAAAAUUGGGAUUCUGAGAGUGUGUUUGAAAGGAAGCUGGUAGGUCAGGAGACACAAUUCAGGCAAGAGGCAAUCACUCAUAAUAAAAGCCUCUCUAAGGAAAGAGAACGUAAUUUUAAUAAAUCUGGAAGAUGGUUUCAUUUGGACAUUUCCGAAGAGAGAGUUCAUAAUCGUGAUUCAGUUAAAAAUUUCCCCAAAAAUUCAGUGGUAAUAAAACAUACGGGAAUUUAUGCGGGAAAAAAACUUUUCAAAUGUAAUGAAUGUAAGAAAACUUUUACCCAGAGUUCAUCCCUUACUGUUCAUCAGAGAAUUCAUACUGGAGAGAAACCCUAUAAAUGUAAUGAAUGUGGAAAGGCCUUCAGUGAUGGCUCAUCCUUUGCUAGACAUCAAAGAUGUCACACUGGCAAGAAGCCUUAUGAAUGUAUUGAAUGUGGGAAAGCUUUCAUACAGAACACAUCCCUUAUUCGUCACUGGAGAUAUUACCACACUGGAGAGAAACCCUUUGAUUGCAUCGACUGUGGAAAAGCCUUUAGUGAUCACAUAGGACUUAAUCAACAUAGGAGAAUUCAUACUGGAGAGAAACCCUACAAAUGUGAUGUAUGUGACAAAUCCUUUAGAUAUGGCUCAUCUCUUACUGUACAUCAAAGGAUUCAUACUGGAGAAAAACCAUAUGAAUGUGAUGUUUGCAGAAAAGCCUUCAGUCAUCAUGCAUCACUCACUCAACAUCAAAGAGUGCAUUCUGGAGAAAAGCCUUUUAAAUGUAAAGAAUGUGGGAAAGCUUUUAGGCAGAAUAUACACCUUGCUAGUCAUUUGAGGAUUCAUACUGGAGAGAAACCCUUUGAAUGUGGGGAAUGUGGUAAAUCCUUCAGCAUAAGUUCACAGCUGGCUACUCAUCAGAGAAUACAUACUGGAGAGAAGCCCUAUGAAUGUAAAAUUUGUAGUAAAGCAUUCACCCAGAAGGCUCACCUUGCCCAGCAUCAGAAAACACAUACAGGAGAGAAACCAUAUGAGUGUAAGGAAUGUGGUAAAGCCUUUAGCCAAACCACACACCUUAUUCAGCAUCAGAGGGUUCAUACUGGAGAGAAACCCUAUAAAUGUGUUGAAUGUGGGAAGGCCUUUGGUGAUAACUCAUCCUGUACUCAACAUCAGAGGCUUCACACUGGCCAAAGACCUUAUGAAUGUAUUGAAUGUGGGAAGGCAUUCAAGACAAAAUCAUCACUUAUUUGUCAUCGCAGAAGUCAUACUGGAGAGAAACCUUAUGAAUGUAGCGCAUGUGGCAAAGCCUUUAGCCAUCGUCAGUCCCUUAGUGUACAUCAGAGAAUUCAUUCUGGAAAGAAACCAUAUGAAUGCAAAGAAUAAAAGAAACUUUUGAAAUGUAAUGACUGUGAGAAAACUUUCAGCAAAAUAUCAACCCUUACUCUUCAUCAAAGAAUUCAUACCGGAGAGAAACCCUAUGAAUGUAUUGAAUGUGGGAAAGCCUUUAGCCAGAGUGCCCACCUUGCUCAACAUCAGAGAAUACACACAGGAGAAAAACCUUUUGAGUGUACUGAAUGUGGGAAAGCCUUCAGUCAAAAUGCUCACCUUAUUCAACAUCAGAGAGUUCAUACUGGAGAAAAACCUUAUCAAUGUAAGCAGUGUAAUAAAGCCUUCAACCAGCUUGCACAUCUCGCUCAACAUCAGAGAGUCCAUACUGGAGAGAAACCCUAUGAAUGUAUUGAAUGUGGGAAGGCUUUUAGUGAUUGUUCAUCCCUAGCUCAUCAUCGAAGGAUUCACACUGGGAAAAGACCAUAUGAAUGUAUUGACUGUGGGAAAGCUUUCAGGCAGAAUGCUUCUCUUAUACGUCAUCGGAGGUAUUAUCACACUGGAGAGAAACCAUUUGAUUGUAUUGAUUGUGGGAAGGCUUUCACUGAUCACAUAGGACUUAUUCAGCAUAAGAGAAUUCAUACUGGAGAGAGACCUUACAAAUGUAAUGUGUGUGGGAAGGCUUUUAGCCAUGGCUCGUCCUUGACUGUACAUCAAAGAAUUCAUACAGGAGAGAAACCUUAUGAGUGUAAUAUAUGUGAGAAAGCCUUUAGCCAUCGUGGUUCACUUACCCUUCAUCAAAGAGUUCAUACUGGUGAGAAACCUUAUGAAUGUAAGGAAUGUGGGAAAGCUUUUCGGCAGAGCACACACCUUGCUCAUCAUCAGAGAAUUCAUACUGGAGAGAAACCUUAUGAAUGUAAGGAAUGCAGCAAAACUUUCAGCCAGAAUGCGCACCUUGCACAACAUCAGAAAAUACACACUGGAGAGAAACCUUAUGAAUGUAAGGAAUGUGGUAAGGCUUUCAGUCAAAUUGCACACCUUGUUCAACACCAGAGAGUUCAUACUGGUGAGAAGCCUUAUGAGUGUAUUGAAUGUGGGAAGGCCUUUAGUGAUGGCUCCUAUCUUGUUCAACAUCAGAGACUCCACACUGGCAAAAGACCAUAUGUAUGUCUUGAAUGUGGAAAGGCCUUCAGACAGAGGGCAUCCCUGAUUUGUCACCAGAGGUGUCAUACAGGUGAGAAACCUUACGAAUGUAAUGUUUGUGAGAAAGCCUUUAGCCAUCGUAAAUCCCUUACUCUACAUCAAAGAAUUCAUACAGGAGAGAAACCUUACGAGUGUAAGGAAUGUAGCAAAGCCUUCAGCCAGAUUGCCCAUCUUACACUUCAUAAAAGAAUUCAUACUGGAGAAAGGCCCUAUGAAUGUAAAGAAUGUGGGAAAGCCUUCAGGCAAAGUGUACAUCUUGCUCAUCAUCAGCGAAUUCAUACUGGGGAGUCCUCAAUUAUUCCCUCUUCCCCAUCCCCAUACCACCAAGUCCCCUAGAUUCAAUCUUCUAAAUGCCUUUAGGAUCCAUCCAAUUUUUUCCAUCAUCAUAGUACAAUAUAGAGUCACCUCAUUUUGAUUUUUAUAGUAUUAUAACCAUUUUCCCUCCUCUCAAGUGCAUUUUUAACACUGUGGCAGCUUAAUCUUUUAAAAAUAAAAAUCCAUACUUAUGUUGCUUUCCCAUUUAAAACAUUUGUCUUUAAGAGUAUGUUAGUCCAUUUAAAAGGCUUAGCACACCAUUCUUGACAUACAAUUAGUUAGUGCCAUUAAGGUAAAGGGUUCCUUGCUGUCAUGUUCAGCUGCAAGUAAAUCUGUUCAUCUGCAGUAGGUCAAGACUAAGAAACCUAAAGAUUUUAGAGCAGACAGAGGACUCUUUACUUUCCCAGGAGGUAGAAAACUGAACACAUUCAGAAUUGGAAGAUUCUGUGAUGAACAAGGGUAAUGUGGUGGCUCACCACUCCCUCUAUAUGAAUAAACACAAGGACUGAUAGUAUUGCUGAUGAGAAACUCUCACUUUGCCUGGCACUUAGAAGUGAGAAUAGGCCAGUUAGAACAAAGGCAUUUGAUAGAAUGUAGGACUAGCCAGAUAUUUAAAACGAACUAAAGUCUCAGUAAGCUACGAAAACUUGAGUAGAUUAAUAGCUAUGAAAUAAGCUGAAGAAAAUAGUUUAACACUUUUUUGUUUGUUUGUUUGUUUUUGGUUUAACACUUUGACCUCUAGAAAAGCACAGACAAUUCCUGUGGUGUUUGAAUUGUUCUAGAGCAUAAAAUAAUGUAAAGCUGCCCAUCUUAAUCUAUGAGAUUGACAAGACUGGUACCAAAACAAAAAUGCUGCAAUUAGCUUAUAAAUGUAGAUGUUAAAACUUGAACUUUUUAAAUAUUAAAAGGUAGAGUAAAUGGAGAGCUAGACACAUCUUUGUAUAGAAGGAGUCUGGCAAAGAUAUUUCUGUGUUAAAUAUGUAAAUUAAUUGAUAAUCCAGUAAAACUCCCAAUAUAUUUUUAAGUUGA